AUGAAGACCCUCUUGUUAUUGCUAGUUAUUGGUGUAAUGUGCCAAAAUGAAGUAGAUACUGUUGAGAAGUUAUUGGCUGACUUAAAAGGGGCAUCAGCUGUUGAACUUACAGCCCUUAAUACAGAUUAUACAGUCUCUAAAAAUCUCAAAGAGAAUAUAAUAUUCAAUUUAGGCAAGGCCUAUUAAGAAUAAAACUUUUUAUGCGCAAGUAGAGAUAAAUCUGUCUCAGAUAGAGAAUCCGAUAUUGAUAAAACAAAUAAAUAUAUUGCAUAUUUAUAAAAGAGACUUGUUGAUAAUUCCAAUAGAAUUCAAACACUAGAUGCCAAUAGAUGCACCCAUUCUUCAAACUAUAUUGAAAGAGUCAAAAAUGAUAAUAUGACUUUAAGAUUAAUAAUAUUUUUGAGAAACUCUCUUUAAAAUUUAGAUAAUAAUCAAUUAAAUAGAUAUGGUUCUUACGUUGAAAAAUUUUUAACUAUGUACAAAACAGCCAAAAUGUCAGAACUUGUUGAAUUAGCACAUGAAUUUGCUGAGACGAUGUUUAUUGAUUGGAAUCAAGUUACACCCUCUUCAUAAGGAAAUCUCAAUACAGUCAAAGGAUAAUUAAUUGAAAUGCUUGAUGAUAUGGAGAGAUAUAUCAGAGAACAAAUAAAAAAUGCAUAAAAUCUUGAAAUUACCACUGGAGUCACUCUGGCUGAUUUCAAAGGAGCUAUCGAUAUAGAAAAUGAAUAAAUCAAUUAUGAUCUUUCAUCUGAAUAAAAGAAUCUCAUAAAAUUAGAUGAACAAUUAGUAUAAGCAAGAUUUGCAGCUGUCAGUUGCAGAGAAAAAGGAGUUGCCUUACAAUAAUAACAACAAAGAGCUAUUGAAGACUUAAAAAAUGAGGAAAUUCAAUAUAAUAAAAAUAAAGCAAGAUUACAAGAAGAACUUAAUUUAUUUACUGAUGUUUAUAGAAUUUAUUCUACUUAAGUAGGAACUUCUGAGGACAAAUUCAAAUAGAGAGUGGAUGACUACGUUAAUGAUAGGAAAGUUGAUUCAUACGAGAGAUCCUAAUAUUCUUUAAGUGAUGCAGUUAGAAAAUAGGUUUAGAAUGAAUGA